AUGGCCUGCCAGGCGUUCAGUGCCGACUCCUUCACCACGCUGGCUGGCGACUCGGCCUUGCCAAUCCUCAUGCACCAUGCCUCCGCCAGCGACUGCCUGCCCGCCACCUCUCACACUCACAACAUGGUGCCUGCAGUACCAUCAGGACUGUCUCUGGUUCAGUCGUCCAAGCGCUCCCACAUGCACCUCUCCACCUCCUCCCUCGGCAAUGCCCUUGGAAACGUUCCCCCCAGCCUCCACUGCCCCGUCACCCCCUGUCACUACAGCAACCAGCAGGCCACCUAUGGAAUGAUGGCAGGAUCCCUAACUCCUUGCCUGUACAAGUUUCCGGAUCACGGACUUGGUGGUGGUUCUUGCGCAUUAAACCACGGUUUCUCCUCGCUGCCCUCAGCCCUCCUCUCUGAUGAGGCCCCUGGGGGCCCUGGCCUUGGAGAGAUGAAGACCGACCCCCACAGGAAGAGCAGCCGGGACCCAGAUGACGCCCCCACCAUGGACUCUUCCCAGAUACGAGAGCUGGAGAAGUUUGCCAACGACUUCAAAAUACGCAGGAUCAAACUGGGCUACACCCAGACUAACGUAGGUGAGGCUCUGGCAGCAGUGCACGGCUCAGAGUUCAGCCAGACCACGAUCUGCCGCUUUGAAAACUUACAGCUGAGCUUCAAGAAUGCCUGCAAACUCAAGGCCAUCCUGGCUAAAUGGCUGGAGGAAGCUGAGCAGGCUGGCGCACUGUACAAUGAGAAAAUGGGUAUGAAUGAGCGGAAGAGAAAAAGAAGAACCACCAUCAGUCUGGGAGCCAAGGAGGCUCUGGAGCGUAGCUUCGUGGAGAAAAGCAAGCCGUCCUCCCAGGAAAUAGCCCGGAUGGCUGAGGGGCUGCACCUGGAGAAGGAGGUGGUCAGGGUCUGGUUCUGCAACCGGCGCCAGAGGGAGAAACGGGUGAAAACCAGCCUCCACCUCAGCUCCUAUUUGACUAAAGUGAGUCCAAACUGCAGGUAG